AUGGUGAAGCUCUCGCUGGACGAAAUACGUGGUCUAAUGGAACAAAGGCGUAACAUACGCAACAUAUCCGUUAUAGCCCAUGUGGAUCAUGGUAAAUCGACGUUGACGGAUUCGCUGGUCACCAAGGCGGGCAUCAUAGCGGGCGCCAAGGCAGGCUCCAUGCGCUUCACCGAUACCCGCAGUGACGAACAGGAGCGUUGCAUUACGAUCAAAUCAACUGCCAUCACCAUGUACUUUGAGGUUGAGGACAAGGAUUUGUGCUUUAUCACGCAACCCGAUCAGAGAGAAAAAGACACAAACGGUUUUCUUAUCAAUCUAAUCGAUUCACCCGGUCACGUGGAUUUCUCCUCGGAGGUGACGGCCGCUCUCCGCGUCACGGAUGGCGCCCUCGUCGUUGUGGACUGCGUCUCCGGCGUCUGUGUGCAAACGGAAACGGUCCUACGUCAGGCAAUUGCGGAACGCAUUAGACCAAUUCUGUUCCUUAACAAAAUGGAUCGUGCUCUGCUCGAACUACAAUUGGACACGGAGGAGCUGUAUCUAACAUUCCAGCGCAUUGUGGAGAAUGUCAACCUCAUUAUUGCCACCUACAAUGAUGAUAGUGGACCCAUGGGCGAAGUAUCUGUUGAUCCCUCAAAGGGUUCAGUUGGCUUCGGAUCGGGUCUGCACGGCUGGGCCUUCACGCUGAAACAGUUCGCUGAAAUGUACGCCGAUAAGUUUAAGAUCGAUGUGGCUAAAUUGAUGAAACGUCUCUGGGGAAACAACUUUUUCAACACGAAGACAAGAAAAUGGCAAAAGCAUCAGGAUUCGGAUAGUAAGCGCUCAUUUUGCCUAUACAUAUCAGAUCCCAUCUACAAGGUAUUCGAUGCCAUUAUGAACUAUAAAACGGAGGAGAUAUCCGGCUUGCUAGAGAAAAUUGGUGUAAGGCUGCAGCCCGAGGAGCAGGAGCAGCAGGGCAAGGUGCUCCUGAAGACAGUGAUGCGCAGCUGGCUGCCAGCGGGCGAGACCCUUCUUCAAAUGAUCGCUAUCCACCUGCCUUCGCCUGUGAUAGCCCAGAAAUACCGCAUGGAGCUGUUGUACGAAGGUCCGCAAAGCGACGAAGCGGCUGUUGCGAUUAGGAGCUGUGAUUCCGAUGGUCCUCUGAUGAUGUACAUCUCAAAAAUGGUGCCUACCGCAGAUAUAGGACGCUUCUAUGCUUUUGGUCGAGUGUUUGCCGGCAAGGUGGCCACCGGACAGAAAUGCCGCAUCAUGGGCCCCAACUAUGUGCCCGGCAAGAAGGAGGACCUGUACGAAAAGGCGAUUCAGCGCACGGUUCUAAUGAUGGGUCGCUCCGUGGAAGCCAUUGAGGAUGUGCCAGCGGGCAACAUUUGCGGUCUGGUCGGCGUAGACCAGUUUCUGGUGAAGACGGGCACAAUCACAACCUUUAAGGAAGCGCACAACAUGAAGGUCAUGAAGUUCUCCGUAUCGCCAGUUGUACGCGUUGCCGUUCAGCCCAAGAAUCCAGCCGAUUUGCCCAAGCUAGUGAUUGGUCUGAAACGUCUGGCCAAAUCCGAUCCCAUGGUGCAGUGCAUCAUCGAAGAGUCGGGUGAGCAUAUUAUAGCUGGCGCCGGUGAAUUGCAUUUGGAAAUUUGCAUCAAGGAUCUCGAGGAGGACCAUGCGCGUAUUCCACUGAAAACGUCAGAUCCUCUGGUAUCAUAUCGCGAAACUGUCUUGGAGCAGUCCAGCCAAUUGUGCCUGUCCAAGUCGCGCAACAAGCACAAUCGCCUCACCAUGAAAGCCGCACCCAUGCCCGAUGGCUUGGCUGAGGACAUUGACAACGGCAUUGUGUCUGCCCGGGAUGAGUUCAAGAAACGCGCGCGUUACCUGAACGAGAAGUACGACUAUGACGUGAGCGAAGCGCGCAAAAUCUGGUGUUUUGGUCCGGAGUGCAAUGGUCCGAACAUAAUUGUGGACUGUACCAAGUCGGUGCAGUACCUGCACGAGAUCAAGGACUCGGUAGUUGCCGGUUUCCAAUGGGCAUCCAAGGAAGGCGUCUUGGCCGAGGAGAACAUGCGUGGGGUACGCUUCGAUAUACACGAUGUGGUUGUGCAUGCUGAUGCCGUACACCGUAGCGGUAGCCAGAUAAUUCCAACGACACGACGCUGCUUAUACGCCUCAACCAUCACGGCGAGUCCGCGGCUCUUAGAGCCGGUGUAUCUGUGCGAGAUCCAAUGCCAUAAUUUGGCCGUUGGGAGCAUACACAAGGUGCUGAGCCGACGACGUGGUCAUGUCUUUGAGGAGGCGCAGGUGCCGGGCACGCCCAUGUAUGUGGUAAAAUGUUAUUUGCCCGUCAACGAAUCCUUUGGUUUCACAGCCGAACUGCGUACCAAUACACGCGGCCAAGCCUUCCCACAAUGUGUGUUCGAUCAUUGGCAGAUGCUGCCGGGUGAUCCGUGUGAGCCCAGCAGCAAACCCUACCAGAUUGUGCAGAAUACGCGCUUACGCAAGGCUCUCAAGCCAGGACUGCCCGAACUUGCACAGUAUUUGGACAGGUUGUAG